GAGAACCUGCCCGUCUCCUGCUUUCGUCGUCCUAAAGCUCUCCUUUUUUUGGGUCUCUGCAAGCAGUUGGGUAGAGAAAUUUCUGAAAUGGCGCAGGAAUCGAGCAAGAUGGCGUCGAUGAGGAAGUGGAUCGCGGAUCACAAGUUACGAACAGUUGGUUGCCUUUGGCUGACCGGGAUUGGGAGUUCGAUCGCUUAUAAUUGGUCUCGGCCCAGUAUGAAAACUAGCGUUAAGAUCAUCCACGCCAGGUUGCAUGCCCAGGCACUCACGCUGGCUGCCCUAGCUGGAGCUGCAGCUGUGGAGUACUACGAUCAUCGUUUUAAUCCAGAAGCUAAAGUCGACAAGUUUACAAGUCAGCAUUUGGCUCCUGCCGACAAAGAUUGACUCAGUUUUUGCCUAAAACAAUUAUGGAUUAAUAAGCACUCGAAGCCUUGCAUGGAGAAAAGAUGACUUCUUUUUUGGUAGUUUGAUUAUAUCAUUUUUUUUUCUUUACAGUAUUACAGAGAUAUCUUGCAGAUCUUUUGUAAUAAUUUAAACUUUCAGUAUUAGCUGCAGGUUUCCUUUGGUGGAAAGGAUUUGCAAGAAAUGAAAACGUACUGAAAUUGAUUGACAGACUUUAAUUGAAAAUUAUUUUGCUUGCUUC